GCCCGUGUCAUUUGUGUACAAUCCGUUCGGUCCACGCUAUCUGAAGAGGCUAUCGUUCUGGUUCGCACGUAGCUCGUUCCGUUGAGGAGUUUCAACGACGGUUGAUCCGGAUUCAACCAUAGCCCGCUGCUGGUCUUUCUGGCCGAGUUCCGAUUGAUGUUGAGAAGAUGUCGUGAAGUGAUGGCCUAUGUGAGAAGAGAGCAAGAGGAAGGAGGAGAAUGGAAGGAGGGAAGCCACCGAAGAAGGUGUGCGCGCACAUACUUUUGCUUGGAAUUACAGAAAAGAAAUAAUGACCGGAGCAUUUGGCGAUCGAUGUUAGUUGUUGCUGGAGGGGCCCGCCCGGCCCACUUGCAGGCGUUCCAUCGAUGGCCGAGCUUCUGCUCUGCUGCCUGUCAUGUUACCUUCUUUCUCAUCAAUUCGCUUUUGCUUUCUGUUUCUGUUUCUGUUUCUGUUUCUGCUCUUUUUGUCUGAUGGGCUGCUGCUUAUUCUUGCCUCCUGCCCGCUCAGUCAAUUACUCGCCGGAAAGUCAAUCCGUCA